AGUAAGAAGUAGAAAUCGAAACGAACUUCGUUUGCUGUUGCGAAACGAAUUUUCAACUCAUAAUAAACGAACAGAUUCCGAAGAUGGGGAGAGGUAAAAAGCGAGCGGUACCUAAGAUAGAAGAAAAUCUCGAUCGGUUCGCGGGAUCUAGCGAUGAAGAAGAAGAACCCAUGGCAUCACCUGCUCCCGCCGCAGCAACAUCUGAAAAUGUCCACGAUGCCGACGAAGAAAAUGACACCGAUGACGAGGAUGACGAUGAUUCCUUGGGAUCUCUGCCUCGUGACGAAUACCCAGCCGAGAGGAAGACUGAUAAGAAGACGAUUGUCGACGACGAUGGUGACGACGAUGUCGACGACUCGAGCAGCAUAGAAGGGGAAGACAUGGACCCGGCAACAAAAAUGGCGAAUGCCAUGAGUAGAAUYUUGGGAACACAACAAACAAGCUCCAGCAAAAAGUYUGCCCCUGCGUCGUCUGUUGUGCUCGCAAAGACUGUUACACCAUUGCAGAAAUUACAACAGAAAGAAAAAGAGCAACAAAAAGCAAUCAAAGAAAAACGCCGGGCUAAUCGAGAACGGAAUCUCACGGCUUUGCAUCUUCCUCUCUCAAUCGCAACGACGAACACUAUUCAACCUGAUGGUCAACUUUCGGUCGCAAAAGAAUUGGAGCAGGAGCGCUUCCAUCGACGUGUUGCUACGAGGGGUGUAGUCGCUCUCUUCAAUGCGAUUACCCAGCACCAGAAGACCGCCAACUCGGAUGUGCGUAUUUGGUCUUUCCGAUCACACUACACUAGGACUCAAUGCGAUGACCAGAAUAACAGAAUGCACUCACUUCAAUUUUCUUUCCCUCCUUCUAURCGACCAUUAUUGUAGAAUGAUACCAACGUUUCGUCGAAGAACAAAGAACCAUCGAAGCUGACCAAACACGGCUUUCUGGACAAAAUYAAAGCUGCUGCCAAGUCCAAAGGAAGUGAUGAGCAGCAAGGUAGUGGUACUCUGAAAAKGGAAAACGAUGCUUCGGACAGUCACAGAAAUAAUCGUUCUUCAUGGGGCGCGCUAAAAGAUGAUUACAUGCUUUCGAAAAAGGUGAGAGAGAGUGGAGAGCGUGCYUUUUUCAAACUGAUUUUUCUUGCGAAAAUGUACAUGCAUUGUCAAUUGCAUUUAAAUCUAACCCAGGGCCUACUCUAUGCUCCUAUUGUAAAGAACUGGGACGAAGAAUCUUCCGACGAUGAGCAUUCUGGAGAAUCCGAAAGCGACGUGAAAGCAGAUGSGAAAGAUAUGAAAUCAAGGAAAAAACGACGUAUUUCGGGCAAACAAUGAAUAAUACUGCAGAUG